AUGGCCGACUCGGAUAUCGCAGGAGCCGACGCGGGCGCAUCACAGAAGCGAAAGAGGGUCAGCAGAGCGUGCGAUCAGUGCUAUACGUGAGUCAUCACUCUAUGUCCCUUAGCGUACAGCAGGCAUCAUCGAACGCUCAGCAGCCACGUUGAAGAGCCAUGUUUCCGGACGGCUGUCGUCUCGACGCCAUCCACCAUCGACCAGCUCCGCUUCUGACCGGAGCAACAGUCAGGACAGUAUCGCUGACCCCACCACCUUGAUGCCGAUCGAACAGUAAGAAGGACAAGUGUGACGGUGCACAGCCGGUCUGCCUGAUCUGCAAAAAGGUUGGGCGUCCUUGCACGUACGAGCGACCGGAAAAGAAACGUGGACCUUUACAAGGCGUAAGGCAGAGGCUAGAGGAACAAAUCGAGGCUCUCGAGUCCAUCCUCGGCUUCCUGCUAGAUUCUUUUCCGAGCCUGACAGUCGACGCAGUGCAAAGGCUCGUCUUCGAUGAGAAAAUUGCGCUUUCGGCUUCUGCAGCAGGUCGGCAGUCUAGACCCCCCGACAAUGAUACCCCAGAGGUGUCCUCGCCCAAGAGUGAUCGAGGUUCCUUCUUUCCGCAACAAAGUCGAUCGCAGGCAAGGGACACGUGGAGGCAAAGCGAUCUUGCUACAUCCGUAGCCCCGUUUUUGGGCCUACGCAUCCCAGCCACUGGGGAAGCUUCCAAUGUUCUCAAAGAGGAGGAGAUGAGCGAAGCAGAACUGCGAGACGAGCUGCGGCGUUCCGCAGCCGCGAGGGACUCGAUCCUGCGCUUGUCAGCUAGCCAACCUCUCAAAGCACACCAACGAAAUCUAGCAUCGCCGCAUCAGGUCAGACCAAAUCCGACUUCAGCUCAGAAGUCUGGCAGCUCAUCAUACAAUCGACCCACUCCAAAUGCCAUCCCUGCACUUUCUACUUCCCGCGAAGGACCGUCUCUGACGCAGCAAAUGCAGUGGUCCCAUGACGCUUCAGGAUCUCGAACCGCCUCUCCAAGCUUCUCGCGCGGCAGCAUCUUUCCAUUCAGCCAAGCUCGACAUGUUGACGAAUCAGCGCAAGGCUCAGUGGGCUCUUGGUCAGCGGAGUCUAUCUCCACUGCACGGGAUGCCGAACGCUUCACGCGAGGUCGGCCCCGUGCCUCGCAGACAUCGGUCAGGCAAGGCUCAACAAGCCAGCUGCCAAGCAUCUCUUCGCAUCUAGCACCCAUUUCUAGGGAUGCUACAUGGGCACCUGGCGCGAGUCUGACGACGCCUAGAUCAGAUGCGCCUCCACUCCAUAGCCAGCAAAGUCCCACUGCCACUGAAGAUCUCGCCAACGCACUGGCGCUACCUGCUGAGCUGGAGGACGAGAUGGACAACCUGCUGGAUGCGUACUUCACCCACUUUCACCCCUUGUAUCCCUUUGUUGAUAAGGAUUCGCUACUACGGUGGAGCAGCGCGGCAAUGAGGCAAGGAGGAAAGCGCUUGUUCAUUGGACCAGCGGGACCGUGCGCGGCAUUCGGAGGACCUGAAGGAUGCCCGCCAUCAGGCAGAACCGCGCUUGUGCUGGCGAUAUGCGCGGUGGCGUGCUAUGGGUACGGCAGUACCUCCUCUGGAUGGAGCAGCUCUCACGCAUCUGGACAAUCUCCUAGCAUCACUGUUAGACCAGUCGAUUGCGACCAGUUGCGUGCUUUGGGCGACGACUGCCAUGCGCGAGCGCGAUCGCUGUUCUUUGCUACCUCGGCGGACGUUGUAUUUGCCGAUGAUGAUUUUCGUGCUACAAGAAGGACUCGUGCAGAUGCGCCCCACGAUCUGGAAGCCGUUCAGGCUACGAUGCUGAUCACCAUAGCCGACAUGCUGCUGGGGCAUCACUCGCGCGCGUGGGUCGGUCUGGGCAUCGCAACGAGGCUGGCUCAGGACCUACAAUUGGAGCGUGCGGGUCCGACUUCUACGCAAUCAAGCAACGCGAGUCCAAGCUCUAGGGAAACUCUUAGACAGCAACGUGACGCGAAUGCAAGAUCGCCGACCCAGCGCUCAUCUUUGCACCGAAGUGCUCUAACUCAGCGUCAGAGGAGCUUAACCUACCAUUCGCUCUUUUGUAUAGAGACAUUCAUGUCCGCGGCGCUUGGACGUCCGCCUCUGCUUCGUGCCAUCGACGGCUCGGUACCUCUUCCUGAUGUAGAUUUGAAUGACGAGUGGGCACUCGUCCAGGCCCGAGCUCCGCCUAGAGCUCCUGGAGAAGCACCACAGACGAAAAUGGUCAAAAGCCGGGCCCUCUCGACAUUCGUGGCGCAGACCGAGCUUGCUGUGAUCGUCAACGACAUAUUAUUGGGAAUCCAGCUUCCGGAGGUUCUGCACGGUGAAGACAAGAAUUCGGCCGCAGCUGCAGCUCAAUCUGCAGUCGAAGCAAAGAUCAACACUUGGGCCGCACGACUGCAUCGUUGGCGGACCAUGUUGCCAAGGCAUCUCGCGAUUAUGGUUCAAGCGACGCCAGGCGCUGCAUCUCUUGCUGGGCCUGACCGGCCGCUCCAACCUCAGCCCUGCCAUAUGUGGCAUCUUUCGAUGCUCUGCCAUUACAGCUUUACUCUUGUCGAGCGCGCGGCGCUUGCUGCCGCGAAACAAGAUUGGUCAGCGGUCCUUGACAAGGCUUCGGCGGGCUCUACGGACGCCGGCACAAGGGCGUACAAUGCCUCCCCGUCGGGAGACAAGCUUGUCGUCAAGCAUAUCGCGGUUAGCGGCCUCACCAACUUGUGGAGGUUGCCACUGAUUCAGUCGUCGGAUUCGUCUGGUGAUGACCUAGACAGGCGACCAAGCGGUCGAGGCGACUGGAAGCGAGUCACUAUUCAAAGUCCAACGUCGACCGGAGCUCUGCCUCGCCUGUUGUACCGCUUCUGCGAAUGCUUUGGUGAUAGCAGACUGCCGCCGCUGGCGCCUUUCUUUGCGCUGUCUGCCGCUCAUCUCUUGGCACCGUCCAGCGGUAAAGGGUCGGAAGAGUGGGAUGCGCUUGAGAAGGUGGCCCACAGCGGGGCCUCUGCUUGGAACGCGGCUUUCGCCAGCAUUGCUAGCAUGCUUCCUACUUUGAAAAGAGGUGCAGAAAAAGGCGCAACAAGCCCGGUCUUGCAGCGCCCACUCGAAGCGGAGGUGCGGGUCCCCAGUGACGGAGCAGCCAUAGCAGCGAGUACAGACGAACGCGGCACGACGCUUGCAGAAACCGGGCAGUCGGACAGUGUGCCCUUCGACAAUCUUGCGUCCAUGAACAGCAUUCUAGAUGGUGCCCAUGCGCUUGCUUACGCCUUAGGUCUCACUGAAGCUGGCAACGUCCCAAUGCAUGCGACAUUUGCAGACAACGAACAUGCGUAUUUAGGCAAUUUUGGUGGAGCAGGUGCCGCACAAGCAUCUACACCGAGCUCGUCUCAAUUUGGUCCAGCAGCCCCUUUCGGAGGUCUUGUGGACCAUCAGCAAAUUGCAUCGCAGACUCCUCGCAGCGAAGCGGAAAGCUUUACCGACCUUUUCGACGCGGCGGGCAGCAGCGCAGAUCAAUCCGCUCUACUGUACCACUUGGGUCUAAGAGCGCCGGAUGAGCUCCGUCGGCCUUCGAUGAGCGGACCGGACAUCGGAAGCGGCAUCAUACCGCUUGACUUUGCAGCGCCGGUCAAUUUUGAGAGCCACCCCAUCGAAGGUCUACCCUUGACAACCGGCACGAGCUCCGUGCAAGUGCACGCUGCUUUUGAUAUGCCUCAGCGCCACAUUUCCAUGCCUUCGUCGCCUUUCUCGAUGCAGCAUCAUUCCGGCGUUGCAGCCGGUGUGUCUGCUCAAUCAAAUAUGCAAGCUGCUGCUAGGAGCGAUCAUCAGCCGGCUCUUGCUCCCGCACAGAGUCAAGCUUCAGAUUCUACUUUAGCCGGCCCAACUGAGAUGGAGUUUGGGGACCUUGUCGACAAGUGGAUGAUGCGCGGCACUUCUUCGAAUGGGUAA